AUGCAGUGCCCUACCGAAAGGAUGGCAAAGAGAAGAAGUGAUAAGAAAAUCGGUCCAAAUGGGAAGAAGUUUCGCAGCAAACCUCAGCUCGCUCGGUACUUGGGCGACGCACUUGAUCUUGCCACCUUUGAUUUUCGUUCUGGCAAAAUCAAUUCCCUGCUCCUCCGCAAAAACAAGAAGCAGAGAGGGACACAGUUUGAUUACAGCCGAGGGGUGCGAAACGAUGCCUCCCUUGUCCCACCAAUACGCCAGACAGCUUCGAUUUUCAAGCAGCCUGUGACGGUGUACAAGACACAAGAGGGAAAAGUGAAAGCAGAUUUUAAACAUGGUGCACAAGAAAAACCAAAGCAGCUGUUCUGGGAGAAGCGACUGGAAGGAUUGCGUGCAUGUGAUCUGGAUGGUUUUGAGUUUGAUGCAAUGGAGCUCCCCAGAGCACUCCGGGCUGUGGGCCCUCAUGUAGGUGAGGAAACACUGCUACAGUCUGUGGCUACAGCGCUUCAUGUAUCCACCCAGCCUGUCACUGGUCAGACAGGGUCUCGGUCAGCCCUUGAGAAAAACCCAGGGGUGUUUCUCAACCCAGACCAACCUCUUGUUCAGGCAGUUGCUGUUGCAGAUGAAGAUAUUAAAAGACAAGAGGAAAGAGUUGCAACAGCACGCAAGAAAUUGCAAGAUGCCCUAAAGAGAUUUGUUGCAUAAACAUUACUUUAAGGUCUUCACAGUGAAGGUCUUUGCAAAAGAUUUCUUAUUGUUGGUAUGACGUGACUUCCAGCAGAUACAUUUUAUGUCUUUUGUAUUCUGCUGUUAAACUUGUGUAAAUAUAUAUAUUCUAAAGUAUUCUAAAUAAAUGAAUUUUUAAACAGUGU